UAAAAAAUGAAAUACAGUCGAUGAAAAGUAUGAGACAGAUGGUGGAUUUGUUAACGAGAAACAUGUUGUUGCCAGUUCCUGAAUAAUGUCAAACAAACCAGCGAAUCCAUUAUACAUCAGUUGUCAUGGGAACCACGUUACAUACGCAAGAAAACAUGGCGGCGAACAUGUUCAACAUAUAUCGCAGCAUUCCAAGCUGUUUCCAAAAUUAACGAAAUCAACGCCUGAAGUAAGUUUUUUGAAGAAAGAAGACCGAACUUUGUGCCCAAAUAAUAAAAAUCUUCUACUGAACAAAACUAUUUGUCAUCGUCAAACAGCCAGGCGAUCUCAGCCAAUCACGUUCAAAGCUAUUGACAAGCAAAACACCGUGAAGCACUCCAACUUUGUGCGGAUUAUAUCGCAGCUGCGAAACUUACAAAGUGAACAAUGCUCUCCUUCUUUCCGACAUUCCUCAUCUCCGGUAUUUAAACCAUUGGCAGUUUCACCUACACCCUCCACCUCAGUAGUUGAAAAGAAUGAAAAGAAGCGAUCAUCGAGGAAUUCCAAUGUUACUUUACCAGACAUAGGUAAAAGAAAUUCUUUGAAACAUCAAUAUAAUUUACACGAAACAGUCCACAGCCCUCGUUGUUUUCCAACAGUUGUCGUAUUACCUCCUUGACAAAGAACAAUCCGUGUUCGUACUUUUCAUAACAAAACUACCUUUAUUCUUGCAAAAAAUUCCUGUGCCCUAGCAUUAUAAUCCGAUGACACGGUCGCAUUUUAAAGAUCUGAACUGACGAUUUUUUUGGAGCAAAUGAUGUUUGAUUUCAACAAUGUCUGUCUUAACUUUUUGAUUAAAAGCUUUUAAAGCCACUUUGUUAGCAGGCCUCUGGUAAUCAGUGCGAUAUUACAGCACAGACCCCUUUUUUUAAUUCUUAUUUUUGUAAUUGGCAAGAAUAAAAAUGGAGAUCCCCCA